AUGAGCUUGAUCCUGCAUUUAACAUCGCUCAUAGCACUUACAGUAGUGUCUAGGCUCCUGCCGAUGUACUGGUUCCCAUCUUUGACCACUGCUAUAGACCAUUCUGUGGAAUUCUCGACACCAAUAACAUCUUAUCGCUCAUUGAAAGAAGGUCUAUUCUUAUUGAAUAGUUUACAAUGGAAAAACGUGUACAAUGGCGGUGUAGUACAUCAUCCAAUCCUCCUAUUAAAACUCGUCAAUUUGUUUCAAUGUGAUACUACUCUAUACUUCAUUGUGGAGUGUUUGAUUACUAUACAAUUUUACUUCUUGACAAGAAUUUUAUUAGAGAAAGUACCCAAAUUAAAGGAACAAUUACCUGUAUGGGUACCAAGUCUCAUGUAUUGUAUCAAUCCAAUUUCAAUUUUAAGUUUUAUUAGCAAGUCUACAAUUAUCUUUUCUAAUGCUACAUUACUCAGUACAUUGUUACUAGCUUUACAUCACAACAUCAUAGGUUGCUCUAUAAUGCUAAGUUUGGCGUCGUAUCUGUCAUUAUAUCCUACAUUGCUCAUCAUUCCAAUUCUAACUUUCUUCAAAGCAUCGAAGAACAAGGUCAAAUUCGUCCUCAUUACUUUGAUCAACUUACAGGUCCUAAUGAUCAUCAGUUUUAAAUUAAAUGGCAAUAAUUGGAAUUUUAUUAAUGGUACAUACACAAUAAAUUUAAAUUUCGAGAAGAAUUAUCCAAAUUUGGGUCUGUGGUGGUAUUUCUUCAUUGAGAUGUUCAUGGAGUUCGUACCUUUUUACAAAUCUGUCUUCAAUUUAUUCCUUGCCUCCUUUAUCGUCCCCAUCACGUUGCGUUUCACUUCCACAAGUUUCGAUCAUUUCAAGACUUACGCAUUCAUCUUAUGUCUAGGUUGGAUGAAUUUGACUAAACCUUACCCUGUAAUGGGCGAUACUGGUUUUUGGAUCACUUGCGUCCUAUAUUUCCUACCUUUAUCGAACUAUGGGAACUACUUUAUAAUCUCCAUCCUUCUACUAAUCCAUUCCAUCAUCUUAUCCCCAAUUUUCUACUACUUAUGGAUCGAAUUAGGUUCAGGAAAUAGUAAUUUUUUCUACGCUAUCUCGUUAGUUUACAAUUUGGCCCUUGGAUCAAUAAUCACGGACCUUGUAUGGGGAAUGUUAAGAUUCGAAUACGAUGAUGGCGUGCCAAAUUACGAUCUAAAGCUAACACAAAUAUAA